AUGGAUACCGAAAGCAUCGAACCCGGUAACUCUAACGAUAUCGAUGACUCUGACGAACCGCUAUUCCCAUACAAACCCAGAGACCACGAAAGAGAGCCGAGUCACAUCCUACGCCACAGACGCUACCUCGGCAAGCAAGGGACCAAGCUGACCCGCGCAAUCCGCAAGAAUGACCUUGAGAGGGUCCGCUUUUCGCUUGCAAACGGUGUUUCUCCUGAUUACCCAAUCGACAUGGAUCCCAGUCCGCUUACGCUAUGUAUACGCCACGAGAGGCUAGAAAUCAUGCAUCUCCUCUUCGAGCACGGCGUGCGAUCUCCGCAGCCCUGUGAUGCGGCGAAUGGUUUUGAAGAUGAACUGCUGAUGGCAGCGGGGAAGGGGAAUCUGGAAAUCCUCAAGGCACUUGUAACGUACAGGGAAGAGAGAGGGUAUUCCGGCUUUAUACCAGGAUAUUUUGAUGACGCGGAGCCGAUUCAUGCAGCUUCUGGAUGGAAUAGGACCGUCCCUGGGUGUAUGGGGUGGCUUUUAGACCGGGGGGCUAGGAUUAAUGAAGAAACGCCGCACUGGCGCACGCCGUUGCAUUUUGCGGUUGAUCGAAGAGAUCAGAGGGUGGAUGUUGUACGGUUUUUGUUAGAUAGGGGCGCAGAUAUCAACCAUGUCACAAGGUAUGGGAAGACCGCGAUUUAUCUUGCUGCUAGUAGGGGCCAUGGGGGGAUUAUCGGGGAGUUGCUGAAGAGGGGGGCGAAAUUAGAUGAGAAGACGAGGACAGAUGAGACGGUCUUGCAUGCUGCUGCGGCGAAUUGCUCAUUAAAGACUGUGAGGAUGCUUAUUGAAGCUGGACACAACCAGGCAUUGAAAAUGUUGAAGUCUUAUCUUUUAUUUCUAUUUUCCCUUGUCGCCCUUGGCGCCAGCGUCUCUCCCUCAGACUGUGCGCAACUACGCCAAUUCAAGGACGAUUUCGAGAGCUCCGCAAGAGACACCCCAGUCAAAAGCCUCCCUUCAUUCGAUGAUAAUGUCUCGAACCAUGAUAAGAGGGUUGCUCUCCACCAAUACUUGUUCUAUGUGCACCAACAAGCAACCAACCUAGCGGCACUUGCCCACGGCUUCAACACCCGGAACGAGAAAUCGAUGGCGCCGGCGGAAAAGAAGCUACACGAUACCAUAAAUGCACUUGGUCAAGAGAUAGCAGACAUGGAUGAUCACAAGGACUCCGACUUGCCCUUGACAGACGAUGAGAAAGAGCUUGCUGGUGAAGCUGCUCAUAUUUCCUCCCGUCUUGAACAACUCGAGGAAGUAAUGGUGAGAGAAAUAGAAACGCAAUGUCCAGUUAAGGCCCACGCUCCAAGGCAGGAAGAGCCUGAGGGGGAACAGCCUGAGAGGGGACAGCCUGAGGAGGAAGAGCCUGAGGAGGAAGAGCCUGAGGAGGAAGAGCCUGAGCAGGAAGAUCCUGAGGAGGAAGAGCCUGAGGAGGAAGAGCCUGAGCAGGAAGAUCCUGAGGAGGAAGAGCCUGAGCAGGAAGAUCCUGAGGAGGAAGAGCCUGAGGAGGAAGAGCCUGAGCAGGAAGAUCCUGAGGAGGAAGAGCUUGAGGAGGAAGAGCCUGAGGAGGAAGAGCCUGAGGAGGAAGAUCCUGAGGAGGAAGAUCCUGAGGAGGAAGAGCCUGAGGAGGAAGAGCCUGAGGAAGAUCCUGAGGAAGAAGAGCCUGAGGAGGAAGAGCCUGAGGAUGAAGAGCCUGAGGAUGAAGAGCCUGAGGAUGAAGAGCUUGAGGAUGAAGAGCCUGAGGAUGAAGAGCCUGAGGAAGAAGAGGAAGAAGAGCCUGAGGAGGAAGAGCCUGAGGAAGAUCCUGAGGAAGAAGAGCCUGAGGAGGAAGAGCCUGAGGAUGAAGAGCUCGUGAACUAG